AUGGCAAACUUUGAUUCAACCAGGGUUUCUUAUUCUUCACUUUCUAAGGUUGUUGAAAAGGAUAAUAAUAAUAAUAAUAAUGCCCAGUUCCACUAUGUUGAUGACUACACUGACUCUCCAUGGGACUCAAACUCAAAGUCCUCUCCACCGGAUCACGCGUUUUACAAGGAUGAUUUUGCUGUUGAUGGAGAAGAAGGAUAUGAUUCAAGCGAUGACACUCGUAAUUUGGUGCAACCUUAUAAUAAUAAUAGCAUGCAUCAUCCUGAGGUUAACUUGAAGAAUGUGCUCAAUGGUAUAUUUGCCAUUGUGACUGGCCGGAGCAAACUUCCGAGUUUCAUUUCAAAUCAGCAGUCGCUACUCCCUACUUCAAAUGUUUCAUUUCUUGGGUCUGCAAAGGAUGGUGAUACCUUCUUGAACUCCUCCGUUUACAUACCUAGAGCCCCACCACUCCUUGAGCCCAGUGGAUCAAGUGGGGUUAAUUAUAGUGUUUACAAGGAUGUAUUGGAGGCUGAGCCUCCUGACUGGCUGCCGGAUAGUUCUACUACAGUUUGCAUGCAGUGCACUGCUCCUUUCACUGCACUUACUCGUGGCAGACAUCAUUGUCGGUUUUGUGGAGGAGUUUUCUGCAGAGUAUGUACCAAGGGGAGGUGUUUGUUACCUGUUAAGUUCAGGGAGAGGGAUCCCCAGAGGGUCUGUGAUGCCUGCUAUGAUAGGCUUGAUCCAUUACAGGGUGUUCUUAUUAACAGCAUCAGCAAUGCCGUGCAAGUAGCAAAGCAUGAUGUGAUAGAUUGGACUUGCACAAGAGGAUGGUUGAAUCUACUUGGUUUGUCUCUGGAACAUGAGAUAUACAAGGCCUCCAAUACUUUGAGAAGCUAUUGCCAGGUUGCUAGGUUGAAUCCUGACAAGUCAAUACCCUUAGCAAUUUUGAAAGGGGCAAAAGGCCUGGCAAUUUUAACUGUAGCUAAAGCUGGUGUUCUUCUUGCUUUCAAACUUGGCACAGGCUUGGUCAUUUCUCGAAGGUCAGAUGGAUCAUGGUCUGCCCCAUCGGCUAUAUUCUCUGUUGGUUUAGGAUGGGGUGCUCAGAUUGGAGGAGAGCUCAUAAUAAGUAUCAACUUAUAA